GCGGGAGCGGCGGCGUUACCGUGACCGUGAGGGCGGGCCAUGGGGAUGUGUCUGCCCUGUCUGGGCGGCGCCACCGAGGACGUGGUGCAGACCCCCGACCCGGAGACCCGAAGGAAACAAUUAGCUUACGCUGCAGAAAAGCGACUCUCUGACACUAAUGUGCACAGAGGCAUUAAGAAUCCAGAAGCAGUCGAACGAAAGAAGAGGAAGCAGGAGGAGAUGGAAAAGCAGCAGAUGAACACCUCGUCUUCGGGUGGAGGUGGCCUCAGGUGGCAGGUUGGCUAAAGGAUGCGUAGAGCUGAUACCCGGAUUGAGAACCGCCGAUGCAGCGUGACCUUCCCAGCCCCCAGCCCCCCCCCCCCCCCCCACGAUCACAGAGUUGUUGAUGUCCUCCGCGUGGCUUUCAGUGUCGUGUGGUUAGAGCCAUCCAGAAAUGUGCCAUGCUACUUCACGUUGAAUGUCGCCUACCAAGCGCUUUCUGUGCCCCGACAGAAAAGUACAAUGUCUCUCACAACUUAACAACCUGCCUGUUAAUGCAUCAUUCGGCUAAUCCAGACUGUGAAGACCAAAGAUACUAGAGCUCCUCUAUAAUCUUUGGUGAAGACUGCACUCCGCCUUGGAUGUUACUCACCCCGAGUCCUUUACAUUCGCUUCUGCUUAAACCGGAGAUUAUAUUGCCAGAGGUGGAACAAAAAUGCUGGAGAAACUCAGCAGGUUGGGCAGCAUCUACGGAGCGAAGGAAAUAGGCGAGGUUUCGGGUCGAGACCCUUCUUCAGACUGAUGUGGAGAUGGGGGAGGGGCGGGAACCCGCCCCUCCCCCACCUCCACAUCAGUCUGAAGAAGGGUCUCGACGUCAGUCUGAAGAAGGGUCUCAGCCCGAAUCGUCGUCAAUUUCCUUCGCUCCAUAGAUGCUGCCUCACCCACUGAGUUUCUCCAGCAUUUUUGCCCACCUUAGAUUUUCCAGCAUCUGCAGCUCCUUCUUAAACAUCAAAUUGCCAGAUAUUUAUUUCCUGCGUUGCCAUUACUUAUAGACCAGUGUUGAUUUGCUGAUUUCUGUAGAUAAUUUUGCUGUAUCUUUAAUAGGCAAGGUUUUCUAUAUUUAUAAAACAAUUUUCUAAACCUGCGUGCCUUGGAUAUAGUGUAGAAAGAUGUAAUGUGCUUUGUUUUAAUGCUGUAAUCACCAAUUGAAAUAGCAGUAUUUAAUUUAUUCUCUCUUUAAUUUAUUCCACUGUUUUUUCUUUUGCUGUAAAAUUGUCACCGGACAAGAUCACUACACUGAACUAUAACUCUAUGUACUUGAGUCAUUUAGGAAAAGGCCUUUAUAUGACUAAAUAAAAAUCUCUAUUUGUGA